GAGACAGAGAGAGAGAGAGAGGGGGGGGCCGAAGAGUCGAGAAAAUUACAGAGAGAGAGAGGGGGGGGGUUUGGGGAGGAGAUUGUUUUGGGUGGGUUGGAUCGAAUUGGAUCGCGGAGGAGAUCUUCGUGGUGGUGAUCUGAAUGGUGUCCGCGAUGGAGGAGUCCCCCUUUCUCGCGGAAUCGGCGAGCGACGGGGACGAGGUGGAGAGAGAGGCCGCGGCUGUGUGGGAGAAGGAGCGGUAGAUGCUGCGUCCCUUCGAUUCGAGGGUUUCGGAGUAAGAGAGGUAAUAGCAUCUGAUCGCCGAGUCCCUUCGCCCGGAUCGAGCGAUCUCUCUCGAUAUCGAUCGGUUUCCGGGAUUUCCAGGGUUUUGGAAUCGGUGGGGAUCGAUUUCGAUUCUCUAGGGGGUUUCUAUAUAUAUAUAUAUAUAUGUCGGCCACGGCGAUGAGCGGGGAGUCGUCGUCGUCGUCGGCGACGGCGGCGGAGGAGGAGACGGCGGCGUGCUGCGACUGCUGCGGGCUGGUGGAGGAGUGCACGCCGGCGUACGAGGCGCGCGUGCGGGAGCGGUACGGGGGGCGGUGGAUCUGCGGGCUGUGCGGCGAGGCGGUGGAGGAGGAGCUGCUCCGCUCCGCCCCCAUCUCGGCCGACGAGGCGCUCGCCCGCCACGCCACCUUCUGCCGCGCCUUCCGCUCCGCCGCUCCCCCCGCCCCGCUCGACAACGCCGACCACCUCAUCGCCGCCCUCCGCCACCUCCUCCGCCGCUCCCUCGACUCUCCCCGCCUCGUCCGCUCCACCCCCUCCAGCCCCGGCCGCCCCACCCGCACCAACAACCGCGCCGCCGCCUCCUCCUCCUCCGCCGCGGCGCUGGCGCGCUCCGAGAGCUGCUUCACGACCCUCGCCGGGUAACGAUCGGACUCGAACCCUAAUCAAUCCAUCGAGCGGGAAAAAGGUGUCCGGAGCUCAAGCGCUUAAUUAAAUCCGUGAUUUGAAAUAAACAAUGAAACGAAAAAAGAAAAGGAAAUCGAAAUGGAAAUGGAAAUGGAAAUUCGUCAUGUAGAACCCAAUUGUAAAGAGCAGCUCCUUUUUUUUCUUUUUUCUUUUUUUCUCUUUUCUUUUCAUAUUUCGAUCGAAGGAAAAAAAAAUGGAAGUAAUUCCAUUUUUUCUGAAUUUAUUUUACUUUAAUUUUGGAAUAUUUUAUUAAUUAGUAGAGUUAAUGAUUGGAUGGUUCAAUUAUUAUUAUUAUUAUUAUUAUUAUCAGAA